AAAUCGUCGCUUCUUUCGCAGAAAUGCUGUGAAACGUAACUACCUACUGCGAAAAUGAAGAAAGUGUCCAAAAAACAAUAACAAGUGACUGUUAAAGACAUGUCAGAUCAGAAUGACGUGAAUUCGCCAGGAAGUUCUAAACAAACCGAGACUAACGACGCUGGAGACAAUAAUGUGACAUCUGAAAACAAUGCAGAUAGCUCAAAAUCACAGGAGACAAUACAAGAAAGUGAAAAUAUCAAAAGUGUUAAAAGUGCCAUAGAAGAAGUUCAAACCGACAGUAUUAAAAAGUCUCAAAAUUCGGGAGAAUCUUCAGGGAGCACACUCAAAUGGGUGUUAAAUAAAGAUAGGGAAUUCAAAAUAUCGUGGUGUCUGCCAGAAGGAUCUACUACUCCGAGGGACUUCAUCGCGCUUUGCUAUGCAGAUUCAAAGGACAGCAUCGGCGGCCGAGUGCCGGCGACCGGAUGCGCGAGCGGCGACACAAUGUGGCUGCUUGAUGAGCCCAAUCAACCUUAUGAAGACUGCGAGCAGCUGCUGUGCUUCCGCUACUACAAUGGCGACAGCGAGGAAGCGGCGGCGGAGUCGCCGGCGCUGCCGCCGCGGUUCAAGGUGGACCUCAAGCGCCUGCCGCUGCGCCUGCGCGAGGGCGCGUCGCGCAAGCGCAGCGGCGACCACGUCUCGCCCUUCACCUACAACAACGAGAGCUUCGAGAUGAGCUCGGAGGCGCCGCGCAUGGAGCUCGUGCCCGGGUCCAGCCACGACAUCAGACAUCUCAGUGAAAACGUCAACAAAUGCUCAAUUAGUUCUUUAGAAAACAACGGGAACAAACCCGAUCAUGAACAAACAAAAUGUGAUCCUAGCAAAUCUCUAUUUAGCCAUGUAAGUGAUAGUGUAAGUAGUGAAUCUCAGAGUGCGAUGGACUGCAGUAGACCGUCGUCCUCGACCGGCGUGCGGAAGAAGUGCCCCCCUCCGGUAGACACGGGUGGUGGACAGAAUCUCAACGGUGUGAAAAAGAAAGUGAAAGGCAACAACGGCUCUCUAUCGCCCACGUCCCCGGGGACGGAGUAUUAUAAGAUAUGGUCACCAAAGAAUCCUUGCAAGAUAAUGAAGUUCGUGUACGACGUGGAGGGUGCGGGCGGCGCGGGGGUCGCGGGGGAGGCGGCGCCGGGACCGCCGCUGCCGCCGCGGCUGGCGCACAAGCCGCUCGAGCGCCAGCACGCGCUGUCGCCGCCGCAGGUGCCCCGACAUCGGAAACCUAAGAAGCUCACGAAACCCGAAGACGCAUUCACCUUUGAACUUAUAGAUACCGACGAACAAUGUUUUACCGACAACAACAUCACAAAUUCAGCAAUCCUCCAGGGAGGCAUCAACGAUUUCAAGCCUGGAGAGUUCUACGCGGGCAAGCAAGCGGCCAUGCCAUCCACCACGGCAGCUUUCUUCAGGGGACCUCAAAAUGUUGCACCGCUAGCGACGCCUGAAACCGAUGGCAGCCUAUGUGAAUCGACCAUUUCCUCGAUCAAAUUAAAUAAGCUGUUGGAAGAUAAAUCAGCGAAAGAUGUACCUGAUGGCUCUCCUAGUGUUAGUAGGAAUAAGAUAAUGUUCAUUAAAGAUAUAGGACCAGAUAAUUAUAUAACGACUACUUUUGCAAGGAAAGAUAAGGUGUGUCCGCCAUCGGAUACGAUGGACAGUGCGAGCGGCGCCCACCGGUCCAACUCUGAAGAGAAGGCACAGCACACCUUCCUGAAUGACAUCAGCAAUCAUUCCGAAUUCGAGGACGACAAUAGAAAUCAAAUUGAAGAGAAAGAGAUCACCCUCAAAGGACACAAACCUUUAACGAGACAAAGUUCAGGAAGAGCAGCUAACUGUAAUUUAGGGAACACAACUAUUGUGACAGCGUUUUUGAACUCUUCAAGAGUAGAAACCGCUGAGAGAGACCUUGACAUUGAAAGUCCAAGACACGACCAAAGCAGAGCUAGUUCGUGUAACUCGUCGCAUUCCAACUCUCCCGUGGACGAAUCUAAAGCCUUCCCGAGCGUCGGUACGAUGCUGAUGAACCGCAAGUACUCGUGUGACAGCCCCACGCCCAAACAUUCUAGCUUACCUAGACAUUUGCUCAAGAACCUAGGCAUUGAGGGCACCCCAAAACACUCGCCCAGUAGAAACAUCAACAACUGUCCGGAUAGUCCAAUGAGGCCUCACCCACGAGUGUUAAGUCGAGUAGCAGCUCUGGCAGGAUCGGCCGUGCCGCAGUGUCCACCGACCCCCACACAUCACGCUAGAAGACCGAGGCCGGUCCCUCCCAACGACUUGCAGCCUCCGCCCAUCCAGAACCCGGACUUUGAAAUGACGGAAUUCCCGAACGAGCUGCGAACAACGGAGAUCAGAUCUCCGAACUUGGAGUUUGUGAAUAGUAAUCACUUCACGAUAGUGCACGCGGGGCCUCCAGAUGACGUCGUGUUGAGGCGGCCAAGGAAUGAGAUCAGCGAUGACAACGACAACUCGGUGGCGUCGCCCACUCCGCUCCGACACAUGGCCGGUAUACGGCUGCCGUCGAUACCGGAGCGCGCGUCCCGCCAGAUGGCGCUGACCGGAGAUUUCCCCGCUAAUAUGAUUGGUGGGAUCAUCGAGUGUGAAGAACCCUUGCCGGCAGGUUGGGAAGCUCGCAUGGACAGCCACGGGCGCGUGUUCUACAUCGACCACGUGAGCCGCAGCACCACGUGGCAGCGGCCCAGCCCCGGCGGCGCCGCCGCGCCCGCGCCCGACGUGCAGCGACGGCAGUUGGACCGCAGAUACCAGUCGAUCCGUAGAACAAUGACCCGCACGCAGCUCUCGGAAGAAGAGCCGCCGCCGCCGGCCGCGUCCACGUCGCGCGCCCCGCCCCCCGCGCCGCACCCCGCCGCUGAGUUCCUGGCCCGGCCCGACUUCUACUCCAUACUGCAUAUGAACCAGGAAGCGUCAUCUCUCUACAACUGCAACUCAACCCUCAAGCACAUGAUAUCGAAGAUCCGUCGAGACACGUCAUCCUUCGACCGCUACCAACACAACCGCGACCUGGUGGCGCUCGUCAACAUGUUCAGUGAGAGUGAGAGAGACCUGCCGCUGGGCUGGGAUACGAAGCUUGAUCGGAACGGGAAGCGUUUCUUCGUAGACCACGUGAUGCGUCGGACGACCUUCAUUGACCCUCGACUGCCGAAGGUGCCGGCGGCGGGACCCUUCAGCCCCCUGCUGCCUCAGCGGAGGAGGCCCAUGUUGAUAGACCAGGCCCCUACGCCACCGCCGCGGCCACCAGUCACAACCACUGAAGUAUCCACGCAUUCCUCACAAGAAAUACCCGUUGCAUACAAUGAUAAGGUGGUAGCGUUCCUCCGGCAGCCGAACAUCAUGUGCAUCCUGCGGUCGCGCUGCGGCAGCGGCUGCGGCGCCGCGCUGCGCGACAAGGUGAGCAGCGUGCGCGCCGAGGGGGCGCCCGCGCUGCUGCGGCUGCAACACGACGUGCCGCUCACGUGUUUACUCAGCCUGUUCGAGCAGGAGAUCAUGAGCUACGUGCCGGCGGCGGCGCCCGCGCCCGCCAUCGGGGGCCCGCAGUCGCCGGCCGCCAGCCCCGCCCCCGCGCGCAGCACCCGCGCCCCCGCCCCCCAGCGCCGGGACUUCGAGGCCAAGCUGCGCGCGUUCUACAGGAAGCUCGAGAGCAAGGGCUACGGGCAGGGGCCGGGGAAGCUCAAACUGCACAUCCGUCGCGAGCAUCUCCUAGAGGACGCGUUCCGCCGCAUCAUGUCGUGCAGCAAGAAGGAGCUGCAGAAGGGCAAGCUGUGCGUGCUGUGGGACGGCGAGGAGGGGCUCGACUACGGCGGACCCAGCAGAGAGUUCUUCUUCCUGCUGUCCCGGGAGCUGUUCAACCCGUACUACGGGCUGUUCGAGUACUCGGCCAACGACACGUACACCGUGCACGUCAGCCCCAUGUCCGCCUUCGUCGACAACCACCACGAGUGGUUCCGCUUCUCCGGGCGAGUGCUGGGCCUGGCUCUAGUUCACGGCUACCUGCUGGAGGCGUGGUUCACGCGCGCCCUCUACCGAGCGUUGUUGAGACUACCCCCCGCCUUGGAGGAUGUGGAUGCGCUGGAUGCGCAGUUUGCAGCUUCGUUGCGGUGGCUACAGUCAGCGCGCUGCGUAUCAACCCUCGAACUGACCUUCGCGGUGUCCGAGCGCCUCGCCGACGGGCGAGUAGCAGAGCGCGAGCUGAAGCCGGGCGGGCGCGACGUGGCGGUCACGGAGCGCAACAAGAAGGAGUACCUGGAGCGCGUGGUGCGCUGGCGCGUGGAGCGCGGCGUGGCCGGCCAGACCGAGUGGCUGGUGCGAGGGUUCCAUGAGGUGGUGGACCCCCGCCUCGUAGCGGCGUUCGACGCGCGCGAGCUGGAGCUGGUGAUAGCGGGCGCGCCCGAGCUGGACGUGGCCGACUGGCGCGCCAACACCGAGUACCGCGGCGGCUACCACGACGCGCACCCCGUCGUGGUGUGGUUCUGGCAGGCUAUUGACAGAUUCACGAACGAGCAGCGGUUGCGCCUGGUGCAGUUUGUGACGGGCACCUCGUCCAUCCCCUACGAGGGUUUCUCCGCUCUGCGGGGCUCCACGGGCCCGCGGCGCUUCUGCAUCGAGCGCUGGGGCCGCAUCGAGUCCCUGCCGCGCGCGCACACCUGCUUCAACCGCCUCGACCUGCCGCCCUACCCCACGCCGCAGCUGCUGCACGAGAAGCUAUUGCUAGCCGUCGAGGAAACCAACACUUUCGGCAUCGAGUAGAGUUUCGACACGGAAGUCCUCGCCUAUUGACACAACUGUUACAAGCUAUUGAUCCGCUGUUUUUGCAUUAAUUUAUUUCUCCAAAAACUCGCAGUAGACCAUAGUAUUACCAUAAGCAAGCCAAGAACCGGAAUAGGCAAGUCUGUGUUCAGCUGAGAUAUUUGAAUAUUAAAUUGUAAAUCAGUUCAGAAUGCCUUAUAGUUAGAGUAAAGUAAGAUAAAGAAACUAACAUUUCUAUUAAUGCUUAGUUGUCUAGAUCUUUGCUUACCUAGUUAUGAAAGGGUAUCCCCUGUGUAAAUAUGUCAAUGUUACUUAUUAGAGAACUUAGUCAACAUACAAAGAUUAUGUUAUGUGUAGGUUAUUGUAAUAUAAUAUGUAUAAGUAGUUGUGUCUAGAAAAGCCACUUCUCAAUUGAGUUAAUAACUUAUUUAUAACAGUAACGCUUUUAGUUUUAAGUGAAGUGUAUUGUGGCUGUGAACGGAACCUUGAGUCCGUAUUAGGUUACGCUUCAACUCUUUAUUAUAAUUAUUAUAUUUACUAAAACCUUUCAACUUUUGACAAAGCUUAUCUCUUAUCAAACAAGAACUUAGGCUUGAACUCCAUAAUAAGUAAUUUUACUUGGCUUUAAAUCUGUGCAGUUUCACUAAUGGCAUCACUAGUCAAAUCAUGUCAAGAACUGAUGAAAGAUCUGGCCUGCUUUCUGGAAUUAUUUGUAAAUAUUUGAUAAGUUAGAUUGCAGUAAAGUAUAUUUAAUUUUAAUAUAUUUGUCACUUCUUAUUCCCUGUACAAAGAAAAAGCCUACAUAGUUUGUUGAAAUUUAUUUAAAAUGAUAGCCAAACUACUACCUACCUAUUUAUUCAGUGCUUAGCUCUUUGCACUUUGGUAUUUUAUUUUCAAGUAUUAAUAUUGCUAUGUUUAAUAUUUAAUAACUUUGUGUAUUGUUUUACUAUGUAAAUUUUUAGUAAAUUGUUAUCGUGUGAAGUGAAAAUGUGUCAAUAUACAAUAUUACUUACAAAA